GCUGCGGCGGGGUGGGCGGCAUGUCUGGUGUCGGUGGGGACACGCGUGGGGGAAAGGGAGGGGAGGGUGGUAUCUGUGCCGGCCCGUUCAGCUUCAGUUCGGAACCCACGCUCGAGGACAUCCGCCGCCUCCAUGCUGAGUUCGCUGCUGAACGAGACUGGGACCAGUUCCACCAGCCUCGGAACCUCCUGCUGGCCUUGGUGGGGGAAGUAGGGGAGCUGGCAGAGCUCUUUCAGUGGAAGCCGGAUGAGGAGCUUGGACCCCAAACCUGGCCUACCAGGGAGCGGGCAGCCCUUCAGGAGGAGCUUAGUGAUGUCCUCAUCUAUCUGGUGGCAUUGGCAGCCCGCUGUCGAGUGGAUCUGCCCCAAGCAGUGCUCUCCAAGAUGGACACAAACCGGCGACGUUACCCAGUCCAUCUGUCCCGUGGCUCUGCCUGCAAAUAUACGGACUUGCCCCAUGGGUCUGUCUCCGAAGACCAGGUGGUAGGGCCUACAGACCUCACCUUUGAGUCCACGGGCCAGGCCUCCACCUAGAGACGUGGGCACAGGACGUGCAACUCAGCACAGAAUCUGAGAAGCAGAAGGUAGCCUGGUUACAGAACUUUCUGGUCCUUUCUUAACAGAUCAUGCGCCUGGAGGCCCCACUUCCUGAGGUCUGAGGCCCAGGGACCUCUGGAAAACAGCCUCCUGUCUUCUCUCCCAAUAAAAGUUUUCAGCAGCAA